AAGGAGUGAAAAUCGAUCGCUCGUGCCGUGGUGGUAGCGUCGUUCCUGUUCGCCGUUGUUCGCUGCCGAACUUGCGUUUUCUUCUGUUCUGCACAGGGUGCCGCAAUCCUGUUUAGAUCCGUCAAAAUGGUGAAGAUGGAGCAUGAUGUGAGUACUCGCCUCGCCGAAAUCGCCGUUCCGCUAUCGCGGAACGCUCGACGUCAGAAGCCUCGCUUUUCGUUACGACGCUCGUAUUCCAUAACGCCUCGGGAUGGCAAAAACGAGCCGGAACAUGUUAGAAAACUGUUCAUCGGCGGUUUGGAUUAUAGAACAACAGAUGAUUCGCUCAAGAAGCACUUUGAGCAAUGGGGAGAGAUCGUAGACGUGGUAGUUAUGAAAGAUCCCAAGACAAAGCGUUCAAGAGGUUUUGGUUUCAUCACCUAUUCUCGAGCUCACAUGGUGGAUGAUGCUCAGAAUGCAAGGCCUCACAGAGUAGAUGGCAGAGUGGUUGAGCCUAAGCGAGCAGUCCCUAGGCAAGAGAUAGGCCGGCCAGAAGCUGGAGCCACCGUGAAGAAACUCUUUGUAGGUGGUUUAAAGGACGAUCAUGAAGAGGAAGAUUUGAGGCAAUAUUUUCAGAGCUAUGGUAGCAUAAAUUCGAUCAGUAUUGUAACAGAUAAGGAGACUGGCAAGAAACGCGGCUUCGGCUUCGUCGAAUUCGAUGACUACGAUCCCGUCGAUAAGAUCUGUUUGCAGCGUAAUCAUCAAAUUCGUGGCAAGCACGUUGACGUCAAAAAGGCUUUAAGUAGAGCAGAAAUGGCGUCAGCUUCUGGAGGUGGCGGUGGCGGUGGCGGCGGCAGCCGUGGUGGCCAAGGUGUAGGUGGCCGGGGACCCCGUGGUAGCAACCAGGGCGGCGGUAGCUGGGGAGGACGCGGCAGCGGUGGCGGCGGUGGUGACUGGAACAAUGGUGGUAAUCAAGGUGGAUACGGCGGAGGUAAUCAAGGAGGUUGGGGUGGUAAUGGACCUUGGGAGAAUCAGAAUCAAGGAGGAGGCUGGAAUCAAGGCGGACAAGGCGGCUACAACAGUGGUGGUAACUGGAGCAACGACAACUUUGGUGGCGGUUAUCAACAGGGAUACGGGGGUGGCCCAGUGCGCAACAACUUCAACUCGGGCGGCAGACCAGCUCCAUACGGUAUUAAUUCGGGUCCUAGUGGACGUCAAUCCGGAGAUUCAAGAUGGUUACCGCCUUUCAGCGGACAAGGUCCAAUGGGUGGCGGAAAUUCCGGCGGCGGCGGUGGUGGAUACGGUAACCAAGGUGGUUACGGCGGUAAUUCUCUCGGAGGUGGAAACAUGGGUGGCGGUGGUGGUGGAGGCGGCGGUGGAAGGAGAUAUUAAGAAACCCACCAUUAAGCAUAUCGCUGACUUUUCUCGCUGGUGAAGCUACUACUCCUACUACUACUACUUGUCUUCUAGUCGCCAGUACUUCUGUACUGUUUAGUAUCGGAGCAGGCAGGCAGGCUAUCAGGCUAGAGAGACAAGUCAACGAACAGGCAGAAACUCAGAAACAGUCAGGAAGUCGGUCAGGCAGGCAGGACAAUCAGGCUACAGGACAGAGACAGAGAAAAAAAGUCAUCAGUUAGUUCGUAGUGGGAGGCUUAUACGCAUAUUCUUUUCUAAUUUUGCGUCCAGUUUCUCCCUUUCUCCACUCAUUGUAAAGAUUCGUAUUGUUUGUUCAAAUGUAUUUUUACGUCCUUUACGAGGAUCUGCGCGCAAAUAUUCAGUAGACAGGGAAUUCAUUCAUAUAUACAGGAAGAUAAUUUAUAAUAGGAAAAAAAGAAGCAAGAGAUAUAUAUAUAUAGUGUGUGCAUGUAGCGAUAAAAACGGCAAAAGAAGAAUUCGUCAGCGUUUUUUGUAGGAACUAACUAGGUAUAAAUAAUAGGAAAUAAACUAGUUUACGAAGCUGUAUGAUUGUUUAAGCACUAGUUGGCUUAAAUAAAAGAAACCUUUUCUUUAUUAUGUCUUAAUUUUGCGACGCGAGGUCAGUAGGCUAUAAGGCUCGGACUAAACUACUGCGAAGGGUCAGAAUGUAUGUCGGGUAAACCAUCUAACAUCGACCGGAAUAUCUUUCUCGUGCAACUUCGAAGUUUCGAAUACGUUGUGAAACAAAGGCAAAAUGUAUAUAAAAUACAGUUCUUUAGAAAUCACUUGAAUUUAUAAAACAGACAUAAUGUAUAUAAGAUGCAGUUAUACAUUGCCAUAUAAGCUUCUCUUAUAACCUUUUUUUCUUCGAAGCUGCAUAAUAAAAUUAUUCAAGGUAGUAACAAUUAGAUUAGGAUCAUUUUGUACACGUUGAAGGAACAAAGUGUAGGAUUUGUACGGUAGAUGAAAGAAAGGAAACGAAUGAAAAGGAAGAAAUAGAUGUAUUGUCGACUGUGUAGUCAAUGAAAAAUGAAAAGAAAAAAAAUACUACCGAUACCUCGAGGCGUGUCAAUGUUGAAAUAUGUAUUCGCAGUAUUUAAUAAUUAUUUGUAUAGAGCGAAAACCCUAUUCCAAUUUUCUGUAGUAUUUUUUUUUCAUCGCGAAAAAUGUUGCAAACGACUUAUAAGUUCUUUUCGUAUUCCAAUCGUUGCGAACAUUUAUCAUGAACAAUACUCUAGAUAGUAAUAGACUAUCAAUUAUUUUGAACGAUUUAGAAUAUUCAAUCGAAGUUUUGAAUCACUUUGAAUAUUGUUCAGAAUUGAGAAUUCUUAAAAAAAUCUUGAAAGAUUAUAUGAUAACAAGAAGAAUUAAUUUUUAAAGCUUUAACUUACUACUGUGUACUAUUUUUGUUUGGAUGAUUGAUUAGUCAAUAUUAAUGAUCAGUGUUAGCGUGAACAUUGAUAACACUAUCCUAAAAUUCUAAAGAUUUUUUUUUUUAAGUUAAAAAUUCUUGAAGUUUUCAAAAACUUGAAAGAGUUUAGAUCUUCUGAGGCUUUUAGCAUUUUCGAAACUUCUGAAUUAAUUCUUUUAAUAUGAUUGAUUUUCCCCAAAAAAUUCGAAAUUUUUAAGAAUCCUUAAUUAAGGUAAUAUUUGAACAGAUUUGAAAUUUUUUGUUUUUAAUUAUUUGAAACUGUUAGGAAAAGAAAGAAGAUGAGAUUCUCACAUAUAUUAUUGGUAAUAAAUCUGUGAAAUAAAAUUUUUUAGGUAUGAACAAUUA